AUGGACCUGCAGCACAACCACGACACCAAGAAUGCCAACGACGAAAGAGGGGGAGACCAAGAUAUGCAUGACCAUGCCCACGACCGACCACCCAGCACUAGUCCGACCGCCAAAUUCGUUACCUCCACGCACAUUCCUCCCACCUCCGCCGGGCUUGAGUUGGAGAAUGCGAUUAUUCCUUUUUCAUCGUCUGCUGCUGGUAAUUAUUGUGAGGAAGGUACGCUGCAGUGCUGCUGUGGAAGACGGGAUUGUGCAUACCUCAGGCAUAACAAUGUGGCUUUGGGCGAUUUGGAGAAGGACUUAGAGACUGCGGCGAGAUUGGGGCAGGCCCUGCUGCAACGGCACGAGACGUACGUCUCCGACGCCGAGGCAGAUCGAAGCCACCUGCUCCUCGAAAUGGAGCGCCUGGAACGCGACAAACAAGAAAUCCAGUCCGCGAACGCGCGCAUAGUCGAAGAAAAUCGCCAUCUACUCGAGCAAUUAGAAGGCCUCAACAAUGCCGUCGCGACGUCGGAUAAUGAAAUCAAAGCGCUCGCUGAGAGGCUGCAGCAGACGCAGCUUGAGAUGAGGGCGUUGGCUGCUUCAGCGGCGCGGGCGGCAGACCUUGAAAUGCAGCUGAAUGCGAUGGAGGCGGAGCAGAUGGAGUUGCAGCAGCAGCUCAUCCUGACGCAGGAAGACGAGAAGUCGGCGGUGCAGAGGUGGAAAAAGGCGGAGACGACGUUGCGCGAUUUGCAAGAUCAGUUGGAUCGGUUGGAGUACGAGGCCAGGCUGGAAAGGGAAGAGCAUACUCAGAUCAUUGAGCGCAUGGAACGGAGACGCGCCGUGGAGAGGGAGUUGGAUGGUGCUGCCGGUCGACUCAAGGGUGCUGCUGCUGCGUCGGCAGUUAUGGAUCGAAACCGCAAUGCGACGACGCCGGUUGUGUCGAAAUUCGUGCGCGAUAUUUUGCAGGACAAUGCAAAUCUGCAGAUGGGUAUUGUCGAGUUGCGCGAGUUGCUGGAGAGUUCGAACCAGGAAGUUGAGAAUCUGCGAGAGCAGAUAAUGCAUCAUCAGCCGGUUGAUGCAGACGCCGACCAGCCACCACAACCACAGGGAUCGCGGUUAGACCAGGAACUCAAUGCGAAAGAGCCUCGUCCGGUGUCGCAGGAGUUUCAUGUGCAUCAUCAUUAUCAUUCGCCUUCGUCGUCGGUUACUUCCAAGAAAGAGAAGCAGCCUAUACGUCGACAGAAGAAGAGACGACCUACGCUGAUGGCAUCCGGGGUGCAUAGUCCUAGGUCGUCAUAUCACCACACUCAUCCCUCGUCAUCUUCUGUAUCAACAAUCAUGUCUCAAACGUCCGUCUCGAUCCCUCCGUCUUCCUCAUCACAGCGCUACUCUAUUCAUCCAUCUGGAAUUUCGUCACUGGCCAGUUCUCCUAUCUCGGCAUACCAGCCUUCAUCAAUAUUUGAUGUCGUCGAUCAGAGCGAGCUGUCACGACCUUCAAGUCCUGAAAGCACCGCGGCUAUGCUGACAUCUCCGAAACGGCCAAUAUGGAGGGGUCAUCGUAUGUCGGAUACUUCGAAUCGCUCGUUUUCCAUGCCUGGAAUGUCAUUUUCGGAUUUUGAUAGCGAGAAUGACAUUGACACCAGUGAUGAUGUUUUUGAGCAGCAGCCAGCAAAGAACGGCGAUGAGAUGUGGCUUCCUCCUGCUAUACCCGAGGAGCAGGAGGAUACAAUUGACAAACACGAUAGUCAAGCAGAAGAACAGGCAGAGGAUGCACCGGGUCCUUCUAUCAUUGAGAAUAUAUUUGAAACCCCUUUCGACCCAAUGCAGCAGCACGUCCCUACUUUACGAAAAUCAGCGUCUUACGAAAGUCUUCUUUCAGUUUCAGGCAUGGAUAUUCAUACCCUUCGUGAGCGACCGUCGCAGUUACUCGGGGGACUCGAAUCGAGAUAUUUCCUCUCUCGGCGCCCACCGCAGCGCGUCGUGACUGUCGCGACAGAGACAUCGUCCACUCCGCCUGUGAUCUCGACUACGAAUAUUACUGCUGAUAAGGCAAGUAUUGUCACCGUGGGAAGUCUACCGCGAUCAUCGCAUUCCUUACUUGCCAUCGUAGCUGCAAAGAGCUCUAUCCCAGCACCAAAUUCAGACGCGGCCAGCACAGGCUCGAGUACGCCUACAACAGAUCCAGUCCAGGUCACAACCUUGCAAGACGGCAAAAAGCCAGCUACAAUAACCCGUAAAGUCGGCGGCUGGGUCAUGGGCAAAUGGGGCAUUGCGCCCAGCCCCGCGACAUCAGUAACUACACCUUCUUCAUCCUUUUCAACCUGGACAACAGACCAACACCUCAUCCGCGCGCAACAAUCAGAUGCAGCGAGCAUUUCAUCCGACGCCACUACCUCUACGUCGACAACAACAAACACAAACAAGGCACGUACGACAACAGCUCCAAAACCGAUCAUACGCGGCUUCGGAAUUAAUCAAAAGGGCCCCAUACCAGGCUUUGUAUCCUCGACGCCUCUGCCGGCGAAGCAGGUUACCAUUCAUGCACAUGUUUUGGAUAGGGAGCUAUUGGAUGAAACGUUACGGAGUUGA